AGAACAAAAGCAAAACAAAGAGAAGAAAAAGCAGAAAAUUUUCAAGUCAUUGUAAAAAUAGCAUUUUUUAUUGCAAAUCUUUUUUUGUAAAAGAAUUUUGGCGUCUCACUGCAAGGAAUUUGUGCUAAAUUUGGCAAAAUGUUUCAAUUUGGGGGCUUGAAUAUGAUGUUCCCGGAUCUCAAUCGUCCCUUCAAUAAUCACUACAAUUGCUAUUCCGUAUCCAUGCUACCCGGGAAUGAGAGGCAUGACGUUGAGAAGGGUGGAAAAAUAAUUAUGCCCUCAUCAGCUCUGGAUCAGCUGACAAGGCUCAAUGUGGAGUACCCAAUGUUGUUCAAGUUGACAAACAACAAGAAGAAUCGCAUGACACAUGCGGGAGUGCUGGAAUUCGUAGCUGACGAAGGGAAGACGUACUUGCCGUACUGGAUGAUGCGAAAUCUCCUCCUGGAAGAGGGUGAAAUGAUACAAAUUGAGAGUGUUUCACUGCCCGUGGCGACUUUCUCAAAGUUCGAACCACAGAGCCCGGAUUUCCUUGACAUAACAAACCCCAAAGCAGUGCUGGAGAAUAAUUUGCGGAAUUUUGCCUGCCUGACAACGGGGGAUCUCAUUGCAAUUAAGUAUAACUCCAAAAUCUAUGAGCUGUGUGUCCUGGAGACACGUCCGGGGAAUGCUGUGACCAUCAUUGAGUGCGAUAUGAAUGUGGAAUUUGCCCCACCAGUUGGCUACACGGAGCCCCAAGCGGAGAAUAAUGACGAUGAACCCAUGAAGGAUGACAUGAUUGAGCACCUGGCUGACAUGCAGGGCUUUGUGGCGUUCUCGGGAGAGGGGAAUCGUCUCGAUGGGAAGCAAAAGAAGCCCGAUAGUGUGGAUCCGGUGCUGCUGAAGAAAGCCUACACACGUGGCAUACCCGACUAUGAUCAUCCGUAUGGGCUGCUCAGAUUUGAUCGUUCCGUACGACCGGACAAAGGCAAUGGGGAGGCUAAAGAUGAUCAGGAUGAUUUCCAAAUGUUCCAAGGGCAGGGAUUCUCAUUGCGAAAGAGCCGGAAGACUAUUUAAGGAAACUAAGAAAUCGGGUCGUCGCUGGGAGGGAAGAGGUAGCUCCGACUUUUUCUACCCGCCUGCUGAAGGGCACAAUGUCGCCUUUGAUUUCAAGAACUUCUUUAAGGUAUUUAAAUCUGGAAUUAUUAAAUAUCUUUGCAAAUUCUUUAAUUGUAAUGUUUAUUCCUAAAGAAAAUUCUAGUUUAGUUCUGAUCUCUAGAAAAAUCUUUCCAACUGU